CACAUAAUCGUCACCUAUUGAACGACGACAUACCGGAGCUAGCCACGGGCCAUCGCGCCGUGUCGUCCUCAGCAACAAGCCCGUCUUUCAGUCCCCCUCGUUACGAGAUCGGCAACGGACAAGCGAUCGACGGAGUAUCCGAGAGAGGCGAAAGGCCAGCGAUCACACGGACAGCAACGAUCGAGAGCGAAUGUGAUCAACCGUAAUCCGACCUUUAUUCGCGAGAGAGAUAGCUUAGCGUGUCGUUUAACCGUUGUCGUCGUCGACUGAGCUGUCAAUAAAAAUUUUUCGAGCAAAGGGUCCUUCCUGUUUGCUCGUCGGAAAUUGUCAGUUGCAGCGAGAAGGGCAGCGGGGCUCGAUUCAAGGGCGUUGUUCUGGUGAUUCUGAUUUUCUUCUUUUGUGUCUCGUGGGGAAGUGAACAUCGAUCGGGCUUCGAUCCUCGAAGAGUCCCCGCGGGUGGCGAACCCGGGGAGCUGCGAGCUGACGACGCGUCCAGGAUGGUCUGGUAGAAGAGCGGACGAACUCCCUCGUGUUCGAGAAAUGGCGUACGGCAUAUCGGUCGACGCGACCGUCACGAGCACGGUGCUUCUCCUGCUGGUGGUGUUUCAAGCGACUCUGGUCUGGGAGGAGACGCGCGGCGCUCCGGUGAAGAAGAACGAUGUUCUCGCCGGUACGGAAUUUCUGUCGGUCUUUAUAAACGGCGCCAUGGCACCGACGCCACAGCGACGUCGGGGUUUCCGGCGCGGUCAACACGUGGCUGCAUCGGCGGGUGACAGCGCGACCGCCGAGUCGCAUCAGCACGAGGCAUCGAUCUAUCGAAUAUCUCAAAAUCCGAGCGGUAGUCGACCGAUUUCAGUGUCGAGGCCGCAAACAAGUGGCCGCGACGAUGUCGUACGCUUCUAUCCUAUAAGCCAGAGAACGUUGGAGCACCGGCAGCAGAAUCUGGCGUCGUUGAUCGACGUUCUGAGCACGCCGGGUGGCAUAAGCUCGACACGUCUGACACCGUCGAGUGCGACGACGAUGUCGACGACGACGACAAGCGGAUCGCCUAUAUUCCACAAUCGAACGACUACGAGAUCGAAUGGAACCCACGGAUCCGGCAUCAUCAGCAAAAGCGUUAGCCGGCAGAAGGUGAUCGGCGUCAGCGUCACGUCCACGGUCGAGGCUACACCAUACAAGGUGCGCGUCGAGCAUUACGACAGCGCUGACGCUGCGGUGGUAACACGACCACCAAGUUUGGAAUCUCCGGUGAACAAAGAUACUACUAAUCAAUCAACUAGAGAAUCUAUUAAAAGCACAACAAAGAGCGCCAACAGACUAUCGACGUCGCCGUCGUCUACGACAACAACGACGACAACGACGUUACCACCAGCCCAAUUUGUCACCGAAGAGCUCAGCAACAUCGUCUCGGAGUCCAACAGAAGCGAAUUCUCCGUCGACGAGGACGAGCUGAGGACGAGCUGGCGCGGCCACGUGACUAUGACGCCGAGAAUUGAGCAGAUCCCCCCAUUCGCAGAAAAAAACGGAAACGAAGAAACCAACGAGACCACGCGCGACAUCGACAUCGACGCGAUCACCCUUCCGACAGAAGAGAAUUACGAGCUGCCUGUGGAGAACUCAGAACCGCGAGAGUUGAACGAGGAACUGCCGGAGGGAUCGUCGGAUCGGCUUCAAGGACGCAAGAUGGGACGUCAUUACGACGCACCGCUCUACAAUCGAUCAGGCUCGAAACUCUACAGUCAAUCAUCCAAGACGUACAAACCCGCGCGUACUUAUAACGAGCCUGCCAAGAUGUAUAGCGAGUCAGCCAAGGUCUACGGCGAUCCUGAGCGAGUAUACGGGGAACCGGCUAAAGUAUACAGCGAGCCCGCCAAAGUCUAUAGUGAACCGGCCAAGGUUUACAGCGAGCCCGCUAAAAUCUAUAGCGAACCCGCCAAGAUCUACGGCGAGCCGGAAAAGAUCUACUCCGAACCGUCCAAGAUCUACUCGGAGCCGGCUAAGGUUUAUUCCGAGCCGGCCAAAAUUUACUCGCAACCGGCCAAGAUAUAUAGUGAACCUAGCAAGGUGUACGACUCCGAGGGCCAGCCGGUAGAUCGCCAACAGCAGGACGGUGAACCCGACGAGCAAAACUACGAAAUCGACGAAUCGGUCAGCGUUGGCAGCAACGGCAACGUCCACGGACCACAGCUGGUCGUCACGGAGGAAACCCCGGGUGCGUCCGAGGACGGGCACAAGGUUGGCUACGUAGUCGAGGGCAGGAACUACAGGAAAUACAGGGUCGAGGAGAGGACACCGGAUGGCUUUAUCGUGGGCGAAUACGGCGUCGUCAGUCACGACGAUGGUUCACUACGCGGUGUCAGGUACACCGCCGAUGGAACCAUCAAUCCGCAGCUCAUCUACGACGCUCUGAUGAAGUUUCUCGCUCUGUGAGCGCCGCGAUAACGUAGGAAAAGAAAGAAGAGGACGAGGUGACUUCGGCGACGUCGUCGACGAGACGAAUACGACUGAUUCUUUUGCUCUUGCCAACUCAACUGCCUCAACAAUUAAUUUUAAGGACGAUAUUUUUUUUAGGACCUAAGAAAGAGCCUGUUCGACCAAGGCAACUCGCCGCGCGCGUCACCGAAAGCCGAGGACCGAAAGGUCGACCGAAACCGAUGUACGAAAGUCGAAUCUCGAUGUUCAGAUUCAGAUUGCGAAAGGCUGACAGAUGAAAGUUAUACUUUGGGCGGCGAAAGUACGAACUUUUGUGCGCAGUGCUGCUCGAUGGCCUUUGACGAUUGUGGCAACCGAUCGAAGUGGUUGUCGAAUGUUUCUCUUACGGGUUAUUCGCAAAGAUUCUCGAAGCGAAAACGGAACCAUUAAAAUAUUUUUAGUGCACGAGAGCUUGCACUUGGGUGACGACACGCAUCGACUUAGACGAUUUUCGAUUGUAAUAUUAACAAUGACAGAAUUAUUAAUUUUAUAUUUGUAAAUUUUACGAUAAUUUAGUAUUUUUAAAAAGCAUGAUGAUAGAUUUAUAAUAAUCGCUUAAUUAUUUUAAUUAUAAGAUAAACAUGAAAAUUACACGAUCUCUAAGCUUGAUAAAAGAAACAAAAUGCUUGACAAAAUGUUAAGAAAAUGUCUAAUCUCGGUGCGAUAUCGGCACAACUGUAACUUGAAAUCAAUUUGAAGAUUCUAUUGAUAGUGAUUUCCGCGUACGCGUAUCGAUACAUAUUUUUGCAACUGAAUAUUUUGCAGAUAAAGAGAACCACCUUCGUCGAGAACGCACCCGCGGCAAACUCACGAUCCUUGAUCUCUGAUCUGUGAUCUCCGUUUUAAAAAAAUCUCGAAUCGAAGUUGUCGCGAACCCGAUGAAAUGAAAACUUUGAUUAAAAUAAUGGAGUAUUUUAAUACCUUUAUUCCGCGAAAAAAUUUGUAUUGAAACACAAAAAUAAUUCGCAAUGUUUUUCCGGAGACCUCCUUGUCAUCUUUUUAAAAUAAUAAAUUGAAAUGUCAGAGAUCAUCAAUCGAUUGAUAUAAUGUCAAUCGAAAAUCAAUCUUUUCUUGUAUUAUAUAUUAGAAAGAUGUUAUGUGAGUAUGUGUAUACGUAUGUGGCAAGAGAUCUGUAUUGAUUAAAGAUUAAUUUAACCGCUGAAAGGGGAUUUACGAAUUACUCGCUAUUAUGCCAAAGUUAACGCUAAAACAUUCAGACUUUUCUUAUUGUCUUUAAAGUUUAAGAAAUAUUAAAUUGAAUUCUUAUUUUUGUACACUAGAUAUAAUUUAUUGUCAAAUCUUAUACAACAUGUGUGAUAUUCAGACUUAUGUAAUUUAUGUUUCAAUGAUACCUAAAAGAAAACAUAUGCUAUUAUAUCGAAGUCGCCAGCAAAUAACAAUGCGUCUGAAUGUUCUAACGUUAAUAGCUUCCGAAAUCAUCGACUAAGAGUUCCCUUUGUAUGCUUUUAUUGCGAUCACGCUUCUGCGAUGAAGAGGUAAACGAAAAAGUUGCAGCUGCCAGGGUCCUUAAAGAAUGAUCCCCCCAAUUAGAGAGCGGACCCCGCAGUUGCGAUGGAUGGACCGACUUGUCGCGGCAGCGUUUCUGCAUAUCUCCUAGCUUAUUGUAAGUUCCUUAGAUCUUAAGGUUGUCUCGCGUCAAAGGAAAUAUCUCAAUCAGCGAGAAAGUUCCGUUUUUUUCGCGUAUAUAUAUA